AUGAACUUUGUGAAGAACUUGCUUGAUUAUGGGGAGGACUUGGAAGGAUCCAGAGAAAGUUUGGAGUGCUGGUGUUCGUACAUCCCUCCUUGUGCAAGAGACGAUCAGGAGAACUCUGAGAAUGUCACGUACAAGCAGAAAUACUGGAAAGAGAAAGUGGGUUCGCAACCAUUUACGUGCUAUUUCAACCAGCACUUAAGUCCGUAUGAUGUGAUGCUUAAGCGCACCCACGACGAGACCGUGCUCCUGCACUGCUUCCUCUGGCCCCUCGUCACGCUGCUGGUCGGGGUCCUCAUCGUGCUGCUCACCAUCUGCGCGAAGAGCUUGGCCGUGAAGGCGGAGGCGCUCAAAAAGAGGAAACACGCCUGA